AGGCGACCGUUCCGGGUAGGACGAGAAGAGGCAGAGGACGAUGAUUGUCACGACGAACGAACGGCUGCCCAAGCUCUCGCUUGAGGGUGCCAGGAAGGGCAGCCACCGGCCCACGCUGGCGAUCCACGGAGGAGCAGGACCCGCGGCGAAGCCCAACAUCCCCAAGGAGCAGGAAGAGGCCUACCGAGCAGCGCUCCGCCGGUCGCUCGCCCAGGGUAAUGCCAUUCUCGAGGCGGGUGGGUCGGCACUCGACGCCGCCUGCGCGGCCGUGGCGUCGAUGGAGGACGAUGCGCUGUUCAACAGCGGACACGGCGCCGUCUUCAACAAGGCUGGCUUCAACGAGCUCGAGGCGUCGGUCAUGGUCGCCCAGCCGCCGCCGCCGCGGCUGUCACCUCUCGUCGCGGGGCAGGCCGAUGCACAGCGCAACCGGCGGUGCGCCUCUGCGAUCCUCGUCCGCAACACGCGGAAUCCCAUCUUGCUGGCCAAGGCGCUGCUGCAGAGCGCAAGCAAGAACCCGCACGUCAUCCUGAGCGGGCGCACCGCCGAGGAGAUUGGCUGGAGCGCAGGCUGCGACAGGGUCGACUCGAGCUACUACUACACCCGCGAGCGCUGGCUGGAGCACUGCCGCGAACUCGGCCUGCCUGAUGAAGUCGACCCGGGCCGGUGCGACGGCGCGAGCCGGUCGACGUCGGACCUGUCCGAGGGCACGACGGCACUCGACGAACCUCCCUCGUACGGCUCCCUCGAGGCACGGUCGAAUGCCACGCCUUCGCUCGUCUUUUCUUCCAGCAGGGCCACUGACGACGAGAAAGAAGAGGGGCGGUCGAGGAGCAGCAGCAGCAGCGACGGCGACGGCGAUGGCGACAGCAUCGUCAUGACACCCAGCGGCCGCAACUCCAUCGACGACGAUGUCCGCGGCGACCUGGGCAUGGAGGGUCUGUGGACCUUUGACUGGCACGGUGGUCAGCCAGGGUCGACGCUGACGAGGCGCGACGCUGCUGCUGCUGCUGCUGCUGGCCAGGCCCCAGCUGAGGUCGCACAAGAGCAAAGAGGGCCGCUCGACUGGCGACCGACGGGCACCGUGGGCGCCGUCGCCCUCGACGCCGACGGCAACCUCGCCUGUGCCACGUCCACGGGCGGCAUCACCAACAAGCUGCCUGGCCGCAUCGGCGACACGCCCACGCCCGGUGCCGGCUUCUGGGCCGAGUACUGGCACCAGGACAGCGGACGGUCGCGCAUCAUUCGGCACGAUGCAGCAAAGAAAAGCCCAAAAGAGGCCGACGGCACCAGCAAAAAGAGCAGGGGCUUCUCUUUUCCUUCCCUCAGCUGGCUCUGCGGCGUGGGAGCCACAGGCGACGAUGACGACAGCGACUUCGAAGUGGCUCCCCAGCAGCAGCAAGAGAAACAGACGAGGCAGCCCUCGCCUGCAAGGGCACCAUCGACAUCGAUGGACGCCGCGGCCCGGCCAAGUGGUUUCAAGGGCGUGGCCUUGUCGGGCACGGGCACGGGCGACUACUUUCUGCGCUCCAGCUUCGCCUCGCUCCUUGUUCAUCGCAUGCGCUUCCUGGGCGAGGACAUCGACCAGGCUGGACGCCACGCCAUCGACGAGAUGGGCCACCUGGGCGGCGUGGGUGGCGCAAUCUGCGUCGACGAGGCUGGCCACGUCGCCUUUCCCUACUUUGGAUCGGCCACAUUCAACCGAGGCUAUAUUCGGCCCGGUCACGGUGCCAAGGUGGCCGUCUACCCCGACGAGGAGUGUGCCUGAGCGCGCCAUUCUCUGCAUGCGCUGUGAUUUAAUGAAUAUUCCUGCUCCCCUUCC